UAUAAAUAUAUAUCACUUGCCCUACAAUAUAAAAGAGUAGCAAUGGCAGAAGGAACAAAGAGUCGUUGGCCUGAUCUUCCGACGGACAUUUUAGCUUCAAUUAUCAAACUUCUAGAGGUUCGGAUUGAUAUUAUUCGUAUCGGCAGCGUUUGCCGAUCAUGGCGGAAUUCAAUUUUCUAUAGCAGGGAGGAUCAAAUUGUUUUCCCUCUGAAAACCCCUUUGCAUAACAUUUAUCUAUCUCAAACUUUCUCACUACCUAAAAAUACAUUUCUCCAAUUUUAUCCGACCUCUAUGUAUCUCAUAAAACCAAUAUAUGAUGAUUCAAGAACCGCUUUCUUGGUUAAAGUUGAACAUCAUUACUCAGGGCGACACAAAGCACGACUUUUAGAUCUUUUCUCCCAAGAAAAUGAUAUUUAUGGUAAUGAGGUUAUUGACUCGAGGAAUUAUCAUGUAUCGGAACUAUGCAAGAUGUGUACAUGGAAAUCCUCUAGCGAAAGGGGUUCUUUUUAUUUGAAUUCUACGGAUCAUAAAAUAUUCAAGAAAGUGAUUCUUUAUCCGGAUGAUGUUUGGACUACGAGAGAAAAUUGCGUGGUGUUUGCUAUCGAUUCACGUAGAAAGUUGGAGUAUUGGAAAUUCGGGGAUGAGAAAUGGACCACGAUAUGCAAUGCUAAGUUUGGAGAUAUGAUUCUUUAUAACGGGAAAGUGUGUGCUACUGAAUACACAAUCGGUCAUAUUUGGGUCAUUGAAAUUUCUUCAAACCAAGUUAUUAAAAUCGCAUUGCAUGAAGAUUUCUCUCGAUAUAAUUGUGCUUUUCUGAAGUCGUGCGGAGAUCUUUAUUUGGUUGGACUGGGUCAUUCUAUAGCAGGCAUAGCUAAAUAUCCAGUUUAUAAGCUGAAUAUCGAGACACCAUGUCGGAAUUGGGUGAGGGUGGCCUGUAUUGGUGGUGGGGAUAGGAUUUUCGUCCUUGCUUCUCAACAUACUUCUUCAUUCUCCGUUUCAACGAAUGAAUUCGUGAGAAGUGAAGGAAAUAAAAUAUAUAAAGAAUGUUUUCCAAAGUAUUAUACAUAUAUUGAAUGCCCGUGGACGCACGAACAAAGGAACCUUCAGGCCUAAGACUUACCGUAAAAUGCCAUUAUAAGCAAAUUAUUUUUUAAUAAUUUCUUGCCUGAUUAUAAUUUUUUAGU